UGGCUGCACUAGGGUAUAUAAGAAGUUUACCUGGUGGGGAAGGAGAUUGCGACAGGCAACUGGUGGUGAUAUCUCUCGACAGUUGCUCAUAGAUAUUUGUCAGUCGUUGAUGUAUAGAAUCGACGGUUGGACUUGCAAACAUUGAUGGUGACAAUUGAGCGAGCGACCGUUUUUAGCAUUCCGGAUACCAAUAAUGAAAAGAAAACAGAAGAAUUGAAGUGGCUGAGGCACGGAGUAGGGUAGAAUCCAAAAGCCUCCUUUGGUCUCUGGCUCUUCAACUUCUGAGGAACUGGAUGAGGAGCAUUAGCCUUUCCACACAAUUUUAUGCCCGGGGAUGAGUUGCCAGUUGGCGAGGAGAGUGAUCACUCAUUGCUCUAUCCUAGGUUGAUAACCUUCCUUGGGCUAACCUUUGGACACGUGUUGGUGCCUGCUCUCGUUGGAUCUGCUGGCAUAUUCCAUCCAAGCUUUGUCUAUAAGAUUGUUGCUUGUCUAAAUUUACUUUUGCACUUUCCUUCCCUUUAUCUUAUCCAAUUAAGCUUCAACCAUGUCAGCCUUCGUGGGAAAGUAUGCUGAGGAGCUCAUAAAGAAUGCCAAGUACAUUGCCACUCCCGGCAAGGGCAUAUUGGCUGCUGAUGAGAGCACAGGCACCAUUGGCAAGCGUCUAGCCAGCAUCAAUGUCGAGAACAUUGAGUCCAACCGCCAAGCCCUCCGAGAGCUGCUCUUCACCUCUCCCAAUGCCCUCUCCCACCUCUCCGGUGUCAUCCUCUUUGAAGAGACCUUGUACCAGAAGACCUCUGACGGCAAACCCUUUGUUGAAGUCCUCCAAGACAACAAUGUCAUUCCAGGUAUCAAAGUUGACAAGGGCACAGUUGAGUUAGCCGGAACAAAUGGAGAAACCACAACCCAAGGGUUAGACUCCCUUGGAGCUAGGUGCGCGCAGUACUACAAGGCCGGUGCGCGCUUUGCCAAGUGGCGUGCCGUGCUCAAGAUCGGCCCAACCGAGCCUUCUGAACUAUCUAUUCAGCAGAAUGCACAGGGCUUGGCUCGCUAUGCAAUCAUCUGCCAGGAGAAUGGUUUGGUUCCAAUUGUUGAGCCUGAGAUUCUAACUGAUGGGGAUCAUGACAUCAAGAAAUGUGCUGCUGCUACUGAACUUGUGCUUGCUGCAGUUUACAAGGCACUGAAUGAGCAACAUGUUCUUCUUGAAGGCACGCUCCUUAAGCCCAACAUGGUCACACCAGGCUCUGACAGGCCCAAGGUACCACCGGAGGUGAUUGCCGAGUACACAGUGAUUGCACUGCGCCGCACAGUCCCAGCUGCGGUGCCUGGGAUUGUGUUUCUCUCCGGAGGACAAAGCGAGGAACAUGCAACACUCAAUCUGGAUGCAAUGAACAAGUUGGACGUGCUCAAGCCAUGGACUCUUUCAUUCUCCUUCGGCCGAGCUUUGCAGAGCAGCACGCUUAAGACUUGGGGUGGGAAGAAGGAGAAUGUUGGGAAAGCUCAGGAGGCAUUUUUGGCAAGGUGUAAGGCCAACUCAGACGCUACUCUUGGGAAGUAUGGUGGAGAAGGUGCUGGUGGAUUAGCUUCUGAGAGCUUGUUUGUUAAGGGAUACAAGUAUUAGUAGUACUAAACCUUCACCGUGAGAACUUUGGAAUUAUCAAGUGUAUGAAGCAAACUAAACUUUAUUGUUAAUUUUGUCCCAACGAAAAUCAAACUUGUAAUUUAUUUCCUUGCGUUCUUCAGUUAUUGGUACAUAUUCUACAUGAAUGUUCAUGUCAUCAGUGCUUAACUCAAUUGUCUUUAAUAAAAUCAGUUGUCCUCUCCUUUCUUUUGCGAAA